UGAAUUUUUUAGACGAGAUGGAAAAACUACAGUUCUCUCAGUUUUAAGCACAAGUAUGCCGUGUUCUCGGGGAGUUAUGUGUCGGCGAUAAGGUUUUAAGAAACGGUGUAUCAAUCGGAUAUUGCAAAAUGCUGGAAAUGUAACUUGAACUUACUUGAUUUCCGACUUUUUGGUGUCCACAAAAGCCUUUUUAAUGAGUUGUGAACUGGGGAAUUGGAAUUAUCGGUGAUAAGGUGUUUGCUUUGUUUAUAGAAAAUUCAUCAAAAAGAGAUCUAGUGGGUGACGAAAUUAUAUGCGAGGUCUUAAGUUUUGAACGAGUCUUUGUGCAGCAAAAGUUUCAUUGCUGUAUGCUUUUAUAGGAGUCCUAUUUGGUUGGGUGCCAACUCAGAUUUGUUACAAGUGGAAGGUAUAGCAUAUCUUCCUAGAAGUGCUCGUGAUAUUUGGUUUUUGCCUAGAGUUGAGCAACUUUUUCCGUCACAAUGAGAACCUUGCAUCGGAGUGGGGUUUGUAAGAAGUCAAAUGACACUGCUCGACUCCUUCUAACGACCAUCAUCGGCAUGGUGUUGGGAUAUUUUAUAGGUGUUUCAUUUCCAUACGUUUCCUUAAAUAAGAUUAAUCUACCUUCAAAUUUGGUGAAACCUCUAGAUGUAGCCUUUAAUGAUGAUCCUCAUAGUUCUUCUAGUCGUAAUGUUCCUGAUAAUCUCACUUCUGGUACCACUCCUUUAACACCUAAGGUGUAUGUUCCUAUAAAUCCCCGUGGAGCAGAGUCUUUGCCACCAGGAAUUAUUGUCCCAGAAUCGGAUUUGUAUCUGAGAAGAUUAUGGGGUGAGCCUAGUGAGGAUCUGAAAAGGAAGCCGAAGUACCUAGUAACCUUUACAGUUGGUUCGAAUCAAAAGAACAACAUUGAUGCAGCCGUGAAGAAGUUUUCUGAGGAUUUUCAAAUAUUACCUUUUCACUACGAUGGCCGAACCAGUGAAUGGGAGCAAUUUGAGUGGUCACGUCGAGCCAUACAUGUUAGUGCCAGAAAGCAAACAAAGUGGUGGUAUGCAAAGAGAUUCCUUCUUCCGGAUGUUGUAGCUGCUUAUGAUUACAUUUUCAUUUGGGAUGAAGAUCUUGGAGUUGAACACUUCAACGCUGAUAAGUAUAUUCAGCUGGUAAUGAAACAUGGUCUAGAGAUUUCUCAACCUGGUUUUGAACCCAAUAAUGGGCUGACGUGGCAAAUGACUAAGAGGAGAGGUGACAGUGAAGUUCACAAGGAUACAGAGGAGAAACCAGGCUGGUUCAGCGAUCCACAUUUGCCGCCAUGUGCAGCCUUUGUAGAAAUUAUGGCUCCAGUGUUUUCUCGUAAGGCUUGGAGAUGCGUUUGGCAUAUGAUUCAGAAUGAUUUGGUACAUGGAUGGGGAUUGGAUUUUGCUUUAAGAAGAUGUGCAGAUCCUCCGCAUGAAAAAAUUGGUGUCGUUGACUCGCAAUGGAUUGUUCAUCAAGUGAUUCCAUCACUGGGAAAUCAGGGAGAGUCUGAGAAUGGGAAAGCUCCGUGGGAAGGGGUACGGGAGAGAUGCAGAAACGAGUGGGCGCGCUUUCAGGAUCGCCUUGCUACUGCUGACAAGGCAUAUUAUACACAGCCUUUGAACAGUUAACGGUGGUCUCUUCUCAAUCUAUCUUGUACAUUAAUUGCAUUCUUCUUCUUUUCCUCCCCUCCCUAUUUGUUUUUUUUUCUGAGUCCUAUAUAACCUUCUUUCAGCUGUAUAUAAUAUAUACAGUGCAUAAAAAACACCGUUAAAUGCUGAAA